CUGUGUUGCUGACACCGCAUCCUACGUUGUCAUCGCAUUGGUGACUGCCUUAGAAACACACAUAGCGACUGUCUCCAACAGACAUCAACGCAUCCCUGUCACCUCUUGGCGUUAAUUCCGCGUAACGGUCACGGUGUCUUGGUGACUGCUGAGGGUGAGGGCUACGCUAGUACUCAGUCCCUUUCGUUACCAGAGGCGCGAUCAUGCUGAGCGUAGUCGGCGGCGCCGCCGGUAACGGCGUCAAAGGAAACUCGCGAAUAAACAUGAUUUACGUCUUUAAUCGUGACGGCUGCAUAUUCUAUCGGGAAUGGUACCGGCCGAACCCGCCAAACACGGACGACCACAAGCUCAUGUUCGGCCUAGUCUUCUCGCUCCGCUCCUUCACCGCGAAAAUGGACCCCAUCAACGGUGCAUCAGGCGACGGCUGCUCCUUCCAUGCCUUCCGCACCAACACUUACAAACUGAACUACCUUGAGACCCCCUCAGGCAUCAAGAUAAUACUGGUGACUGAUCCAAAGAUGAGCGACCUGCGUGACGCGUUGAGGCACAUCUACACCAACAUUUACGUUGAAUAUGUCAUCAAGAACCCUCUUUAUGUGCCGGGUGAACCAUUCAGAUGCGAGUUGUUUAUAAGUAACUUGGACACUUAUGUGACCACACUAUCAUAGGCAUGUAUUAUAAGCUGAAAACGAGCGUAUUAAUGCUGCUAGUGCAAAAACUUCUCUUAGCCACU